GCCAGCGGAGCUCAAUUCUAGUUGAAUAGGAGAUUGGAGUGAUAAUGGCCAAGAUUAUGAGUGAAUCGGAGGAGGUGGAGAUGGAUUUCAAGUGGUUACCACGGUGGAUUCAAAGGGAAAGUCAAAAAGAUUUUGAAGAGAAAGUACAGACGGAGAGGAGGAGACUUUCACCGGACCAACUCAUUUUCUUUUGACUUGGGCUGAUCGGCUACCCGGCCCGGUCCAGCCCAUAUAUAACAACGUGCAAAAUUUCCGGCGGGCGGUCCCGUUUCUCGUUCGGUUCUGUUUGGCUUUCUGGAACUGUCCACUAACUCCAGAAAAUCACGGCGUGGAAUUUCCAAAUUCCAAUUCCCUAUCUUUUCCUUUCUUUCAUUUUCCCUCAAUCCAAACAGCACUUAAUCCAUUCAAUAUAUUUUUAUGCUCAUAAUUUUUGUUAGAAACUUGUUAAGUUCAAUGGCAUAUGAGAUUUUGAGUUCAUUCCCGGAAUCAAGUUAUAACACAAUCUCUUAUUGCAGGUGAGAUGGGGAUAAUCAAGCAUGAUAGAAGCAGAGAGGUUGUUGCUUGCAGGUGCUCUAGAAGACCCGGUGAAUCAAAGAUUUUUCCUGCUUUCUGACAGUUGUCUUCCCCUUUACAGUUUUAGCUAUAUAUACAAGUAUCUGAUGGCUUCUCCACGGAGGUACGUGGACAGAUACAGCUUAAAGAUGUUACCUAUCAUCCCAAAAGACAAGUGGCGGAAAGGAUCUCAGUGGAUCUCCUUGGUAAGAAGCCGUGCUGAAGUUGUUAUAAAUGAUGAGAUCAUUUUUCCAGUUUCUAAGAAAUUACGCAAGAAGCUUCAAAAGCAGCACAAUUGUAUCCCAGAUGCACAUUACAUGCAGACAUUGUUUGCCAUUAGUGAACUUGAGAGAAGAACUCUGACCUAUACCUUGUGGAAUCAGUCAGCUACCAAGAUGGAGAAUAAUUGGCACUGUUACAUUUAGCUAUGAAGAUGCAGACCCUAAACGGAUCAAUGAAAUAAAGGUUAUUACUUCUCAUCCCUAGUGUUACUUGCUUUUCAUCCAGUCCACUUGUUUUUGAUCAAUUCAUUUUUCUAUACUCCUAAUGGUAUUGUAAUUGUUGCACUAAAAUCACCCUAACAAG